UUACCAACGAUUAUUAUUAUUUAUUAAAAAAAAAAAUUACCUAUCAUUCUUACAGAGACAUAGACAGCUCAUUUCCACAAUAAAACUUAAUAAUUACUGAACAUUUCAUUAAUGAUGUAACUUCAUAUAAAAUAAUACAACUUUUUAUAACUUUUCACUUUCCGACGUGUUGUCAGGUUUUUAAUAAAAACUAAACUACUAAGUAUGACGCUUGAGGAAAGCUCAACAUUAUUUUUUGUCCCGACCACGCAAAUAUUGUUAAUUUGCAUUAAAAAACAAAAACAGACAUUUAAACAUCACGCGAUAUCACAAAAACGUAACAGAAUACGAAAUGGUCAUGUGAAUUGUCCAUUUAAUGGAACAUAAUUUUCUGAAAUGUAUUAAAAAUUAUGUACACACCGCCGGCGUAGUGAAUUAACUAAGUAAUAAGGACACCUGCUUUUUUGUACCAAUUAAUAAUGAUAACACAUGCCAAUAAUAUCUGUAAGUUAUGUUCGAUAGUUGUAUCACCACAGACUACUCAACCUAUGUAUCACAAAGUCUUAGAUGACGUAGCUGUAGUACCUACUGAUUUAAAUACUGUAAAAUAUUAUUUUGUAGUUUUUUGACAUGUAUUGGCAUAAAUGCUGUUAAGUAUCCUAUUCAUUAACUAGAAGUAGUUUUUUCAUUUACACUACAAAGAGAGGCAUGAAUCAUAUAGAACCUUCAUAUGUCAUUUACAAAUCAAACUCUUUUCAGAAAACACUCAUAAAGCAACUGUCAUCAUAAACAGCAAAAAUCUUGACGUUCCCACUAAGAAAGUGUCAUACGUCUACGAAUAAUCGUAGGUACUGUUUUAAUUAACUAAGCUUGUUCACUUGAUAAUUUAAGCUAAUAAUUCAACCAUGGCCGUCGCAUUACCUAUGGAAUCCAAUCCGGAGACCAUGAAUAAGUAUUUGCAGAAGUUGGGCGUGUCAGACAAAUGGCGGAUGGUUGACGUGAUAGGUUUGGAAGAGGAUGCUCUCAACUGGGUUCCGCGACCUGUUCUAGCUAUUGUCCUUCUCUUCCCGCUCUCCGAUGCCUACGAGAAACAUCGCCGGGACCAAGAGAGUGACCUGUUGAGCAAAGGGUCUCAAGCUCCCAAAGACGUGUUCCAUCUGAAGCAAGUUCUAAGUAAUGUGUGUGGGACCAUCGCGUUGGUGCACAGCGUCGCUAACAACACUCACAAUAUCGAACUUAAGGACGGACUAUUGAAGAACUAUCUGAAGGAAGCCAAGGGACUUGACGCAACAGCUAAAGGGGCACUUUUAGAGAACUCUACUGCUAUUUUAGACGCUUACAGGGAGAUAGUACGCUCGGGGAACGAAGCGGGAGCUGAAGCCGAUGAAGUUGUGAACAAUCAUUUUGUUACUUUCAUCCACAAGGACGGCCACCUGUUCGAACUGGACGGACGCAAGUCAUUCCCCAUAAACCAUGGCCCCACUACUCCUGAACGUCUCCUAGAAGACGCGGCAAAAGUCUGCCGUGAAUUUAUCGCCCGGGAACCUGAUAACAUCGGCUUUAAUGUUGUGGCUCUUGUUCCUUCACAGUAAUAUUUUAACAUUUAUUUAAUUGAACAUUUCAAUUUAAUUAUUUUAAAUACAUUUAUUAAUUACCCUGUCAA